AUGUAGACCACUUGUAAUAGUAGGCCCUAUGUUCAAGAUUAUGGAGUUGAGGUUUAGGGAAAAGCUGGUGACUUAUAUGGAAGGAGGUAUAUUGAAAAAUUAGACUGGAUUCUUCAGAGGACUUGGCACACAACGGAAGAUUUAUGUGAUCAUGGAAUGGAUCAAAAGAAGAAUGGUUUCAAUGCUAUGAUUUUUAUAGACUUUUCGAGUUCUUAUAACACAGUGAAUAUGGAGAGAUUAUAUUAAGUCAUGAAACUUUGUCGUUUAUUGAAGGGGAAUAAAUAGAUUUUUCUUUAAGCGCGAACUUGUAUACAUUAAUCCGUAUAACUUAGAAAAAAGGUGUAUUUUAAACUUGGACUUAAAUAAGGGUCAUGAAUCUCACCACUUUCGUUCAAAAUUUAUUGAUUGCUUUCUGAUAGAAGUAAAACACAUAACAGAUAAUGAGAUAGAUAUCUUGGCUUAUGCAGAUUAAUGUUUUUUACACAAAAAUAUCAAAACAUCAAUGUCCCUAUUUACUAAAUAUGCUUAAUAAAAGUAAGGGUAGAGACUAUUAUUUAAUAAAAGUGAAAUCUGA